CAAAAAGCGGCAUGCAACAUAACCUCAAAUAAUUCUCAUAAUCACAACAACUAAAGAAAAUAAAGGAAAAUUACUUUAUUUAAGCAAAAUGUAUUCCCUGCUGCAUCGGGAAGAGAAUGCCCAUGAUGUUAGUAUCUGGUCGUGUGCCUGGGGAAGGACGAAAACCCCAUCAAAUCGUACGACAGAAGAUGAGAAUAGUCGAGAUUCCACUGCAAGUGAUGCUGGUGGAGAGAAUUUUACGGAUUUCAUCGUAACGGGGGGAUUGGAUGAUAUUGUCAAAGUAUGGGAUAUCACAGACAAUCGCCUACGACUCCGCCACCAAAUGACUGGUCAUUCCCUGGGUGUUGUUUCUGUUGCCGUGAGCUCUGAUGGGAAAACUAUUGUGAGUAGUUCUCUAGACUCAAGCUUGUGCUUUUGGAAUUCUGAGACUGGUCAACUUCUCAAUCAAGCUGCAUUGGGACCUGUAGAUUUGUGGACAGUUGCCUUCUCACCGUGCGAUAAAUAUGUCAUUUCGGGAUCUCAUGAUGGGAAAAUUUCACUUUAUAACGUUGAAACGGGAAAAUCCGAGCAAGUUCUUGAUCCACAAAAUGGAAAAUUCACUCUCAGCAUAGCAUAUAGUCCGGAUGGAAAGUACAUUGCAAGUGGAGCAAUUGAUGGGAUUAUUAACAUAUUCGACGUAGCUGCUGGGAAAGUGGCUCAAACCCUUGAAGGACAUGCCAUGUCUGUGCGGAGUUUGUGCUUCUCUCCAGACUCCCAAAUGCUCCUUACUGCAUCCGACGAUGGGCAUAUGAAGCUGUACGAUGUUGCACAUUCCGAUGUCGUUGGUACGCUCUCGGGUCAUGCUUCGUGGGUGCUCUCAGUCGCAUUUUCCGGCGACGGGAGAUUCUUCACAUCGAGCUCCAGCGAUAAAACCGUCAAAAUCUGGGAAGUCUCUAACCGCACAUGCUUGCACACCUUCCGUGAGCACGCUGAUCAAGUGUGGGAUGUAAAAUACAGUCCCGACAGCAACAGGGUGGUGUCAGUCUCUGAAGAUCGUAGCAUCAACAUCUACGAAUGCCCCAAGAAUACAGUGUAGACGAUUUUUUUUCUCCACAACCACGACUUUUAAGCUAAAAUAUAUAUUCUUACGGAUUUUUCUUGUA